CAGUGAAGGUGGAAGCAUGGAAGAAGAGAGUCCAGAGCCACUGGAAUGUGAUGAUCUGUUAGAGCACUUGCUGCAGUACCAGCAAGCUGCUCUACCACCACCUCUCUCACCCCACUACCUUCAUCGACACCGACACCACCACAAUCAUAUUCUUACUACUGACUCAGAAGAUGAUGAGGAGGAUGAAGAGGAGGAGGAGGAAGAGGAGGAAGACUCCUUACAACCAUCUCAUCAGCAUCCUAUUGGAGGAAGAGUACAGGUGUUCUUUACACGAAAUGGACAGAUGAUUGGCCGAAGAGAAAUUGCACUGCCAAAAGGUGGCUUUUUUCCAAGCAUCAGCAUGGGUAGCAUAAAUGAACGAGUCAGAGUUGACCUGCGUCCAUUGACUGGCUAGAGACUAUGUUAAAACUUAACUUUUUUUGUAAAUCAGCCUUUUUAAUAAACUGCAGCAUCAUUUAGUAGUGCAGUAGCAUUAAUUUAUGUUAUUAAUAAUAGAUAUGCACAAAAUGAUAAUAAUUACAGUAUACUGUAACUACAUACUUAUGGAAGAGAAUAAUUUAUGAUUUUUUCAUUGAUGAAGAAUUAUGUAUUUAUGUAUAGUAGUUGUUUUUUAUUAAUCUUGUUCUGUACGAUGCUGCACUCUCUAUUUAUGAACAGACUGUUCUUACACUUUCAUUGUAACUUGGCUGUUUACUUUGCGGGUGAGUUUGCUCUGUCAGCCAACUCGUAAAAUCAGUUACAGUACUACUGAGGUGAAAUUAUUAUUUUGGUACGAAUGCAAUAUUUUGAAGUACUCUGUCACUUCGUUCUUUAAGAUAAUGAUAUUUCUCAAAAAAAUUUCUUUGUAAUACUGUAUUUUAAAAAAUGAUACCUGACUAUUUGUAAUAAAAUACAAUUUGUGAAACUACAAAUUUUGAAAUGAGGCUUUGACAAUAAUUGGUAAUCAUGGUACUUCCAUAGUUUCAAAGGGAACUGCAAUGUAAGUAUCUGUAUAUGCUCUAUAUUAGACACCACUUUACCAUACCACACUGUUCUGUUAAGUGUGAAAACAUUUUGAUAAUAGAAAUAUAGAAGUGAAUAUGUGAGUGAACCCUCACUGUGUACAGCAUAUUGGUUCAUGAUAAUCAAUUAGGGAUGCAAUUUUUCCUUUUUUUUUUUUUUAUUUAGAAUGUAAGGGGUAUCUCAUGUGAAUUAUGCAAAUCUGGUGAGAAAUUAAUGACAGGGGUUAAGCCCUGGAGUUCUUAGAACUCUUGCUGCAUCACUCAUUUGCCCAUAUGCACCCUACAAAAAAAAAUUCCAGCAAGAAAAAAAAUGCCUCAUGGUCAAUCUAAUUAUCAGUCUACAUCUUCAGUGUCUUUUAUAGGGAAGACCUUCAGGCUGCCCCUAUUUCAAAAAUUCCUUUUAAGCAUGCACUCUCCUAUACUGUAUUCCCUUAUAGGACAUUUUUCAUAUGUACUCUUAUUUUCUCCUUGCAAGUUAGCAGUUGCCUGCACAUUAACCCCCUGUACAAUAAUGCUCUAACUUACGACAUCCCAACAUAUACUAUUUUGUGUUUGUGAUGUUGGUACUUUAAAAUCAAUUACUGUAAUUACUUAUGAACUACGACAUUUACAAUUUUCUGAAAAAUUAAUUAUAAAUAAUGUUUUUUCUUGGUUAGUGUUUUGCCAAAUGCAUUUAUACUUUGUAUACAAGGUGCCAUCAAAAAGUUCCUGGACUACCGCAAAAAAAAUAGGCUCUUCUAAUCACUUGGGUUUAGCGCUUAGUUAUGGUUAUAAUAUUUUUUUUUUUUUUUUUUUAACAAGUUGGCCAUCUCCCACUGAGGCAGGGUGACCCAAAAAGAAAGAAAAUCCCCCCAAAAGAAAAUAUUUUCAUCAUCAUUCAACACUUUCACCUCACAUAUAAUCAUUGUUUUUGCAGAGGUGCUCAGAAUACAACAGUUUAGAAGCAAAUAAGUAUAACGAUACACAACAUAUCCCUCCAAACUGCCAAUAUUAAUAAUAAUAUUAAUAAUAAUAUUAAUAUUAAUAAAUUAAUAAUAAUAAUAAUAAUAAUAAUAAUAAUUGUCAAAGUGGGAAGUCUGAAUGUGCGUGGAUGUUGUGCAGAUGAUAAGAAAGAGAUGAUUGUGGAUGUUAUGAAUGAGAAGAAGCUGGAUGUCCUGGCUUUAAGUGAAACAAAGCUGAAGGGGGUGGGAGAGUUUCAGUGGAGAGGAAUAAAUGGGAUUAGGUCAGGGGUUUCAAAUAGAGUUAGAGCUAAAGAAGGAGUAGCAAUAAUGUUGAAGGAUAAGCUAUGGCAGGAAAAGAGGGACUAUAAAUGUAUUAAUUCAAGGAUUAUGUGGAGUAAAAUAAAGAUUGGAUGUGAAAAGUGGGUUAUAAUAAGCGUGUAUGCAC